AUGAAAAGAUUCCUCGAAAUGUUCAUUGUUCUCGGCUGUUUGACUGCUCUUUAUGCCGGCAAAAUUUCCACAGCUUGUAUUGAAAACAUGUUUGAUGUUUUGAGAAACGACAGAGUAACUAUAAACGUUGGCGGUUUUCGACACAACACUUUUUUGACGACGUUAAAAAAUAUUCCUGAUACUCGGUUGUCGUGGAUUGCGGAGAACCAUCCAAACAGCCCCGAUUUCGACCCCGUGCUUGGAGAAUACUUCUUCGACCGACAUCCACGAAUAUUUACCGAAGUUUUGAAUUAUUACCGCAUUGGCAAGCUUCAUUGCCCAGCCGAUGUUUGCUCGGCGCUAUUUCAAGAGGAAUUGUCGUACUGGGGAAUAAACGAACGGGAUAUCGAGCCAUGUUGUUGGGUCUUGUACAAGCGGCAGAUGAACACAGAGGAGACACUUAAAACAUUUCAUCUUGAUAAUGCGAGGAAAGCGUCCGGAGGUUGCACAAGUAAUGCUAAAGGUGCGAAAAAGCGGGCAACCAUAGCAAGCUUGUUUGGAUCAGAGACUGUUUUAACGAGGAAUAAUCGUGAAAGAUGGAGGCAAUUUCGGCCCAAAGUUUGGGCGCUGUUGGACGAUCCACGCUCUUCUCUUGCGGCAAAGGUAUUCAUUGGUUUGACAAGUCUGUUUAUCUUGGUCUCAGUCACGCAAUUCUGCCUUAGCACCGUGACAUCCAUCAAAGAUAACGCAACGCUGAUGAGGAUCUUGCGGAUUCUAGAUGCCGUGACAUCGAUUUGGUUCACAGUGGAAUUUUUUCUUCGUCUCAUCUUCUGUCCGAAUUUCAAAAACUUUGCAAAGAAUCCCAUGAACUGGAUGGAUCUACUUGCUGUUUUACCAUUUUAUCUUUCAUUGUACCACAUCGGGACAAGAACAUCUUGGCUUGUUGUGAUGAGAACGCUAAGAAUUUUCCGCAUUUUCAGUUUGUCCUUUUCAUUCCAAAUCUUAUUCCAUACACUAAUAUCAAGCAAGAAUGAGCUCUUUCUGGUGUUUUUCAGCCUUAUUGUGCCAAUCAUCUUAUUUUCGAGCAUGAUUUACUUCGCUGAGAAUGAAAACAACGAAGAGAUGUUUCCCAGCAUCCCAGAGUCUUUUUGGUGGGCUAUCGUGACUGUCACAACACUCGGGUAUGGUGAUGUAGUUCCGGUAACGAAAGUUGGGAAAGUUAUAGGGGCAAUGUGCGCCAUCUGCGGCGUCAUCAUAAUUGCACUUCCGGUCUCAGUGAUUGGCAGCAACUUCUCUUAUUUUUACAUGCAAGCGCGCACGCGUAUACAACAACCGCGGCGAUCUACAAAGAUGGCCCCGCUUUCGCAGGUUCCCGCCAAUUUGAUGUAUAAGCGUUUACCGCGCAGGCGCAGUGGUUCCGGAUCAGAAACUAAUGGAAGUGUGCCUAGGAGGUCACGCGUAAGAAAACGAUCAAGUAGCAAGAGGAGCAUAUCUACGCAUGCGUCAUACGGGCGCAGACCGAGCAGGAAGUCAAAUUCAACGUGUGGAACUAGAGCUAAUGCCCUGGAGAUGGUGGAAAUUUUAAAGCAAGAUCAACCAAGAGAGACAAUGAAAGAGGAAACGUGAAAAAAGCAUGUAAUCCUCUUUAAAAAAAUAACCAAUUUGUACCGUAACGGCAAGAGUUGCAUAGUUUUGAAAAUUUUAGUUGGUACUAGAUCGAGUUUUAUUUAAGUGUCGACAGUUAUCGAAGAUAGCAUAUAUUCUUCUAAAAACCAUAACCAAUUUCGUACCGUCAUUAUCAUAAACAUACUAAGAUUUACAUUUGGAAAGGCGCCCAUUAAAUUUUCAUUCACAAGCUGGUCGAAGAAGCCGAAUUCCCU